CUCUGAAGCCAUCGCGGUUGGUCAAAUGGAAGAGGAUCGGCCGGGUACAGGCUUCGCGCGGCCGUGGCGUCCUCCCGCCGCCGGGGGCGCUGUGACAGCGCCGAACCGGGCCAGACGCGGUGGCCGCCGCCGCGCCGCGCGCCUGCGGGGUGGGGAGCCGCUGACCCGCUCGGCCAGCCCGUGUCCCGCACGCACCGCCGCCAUGGCUACGAAGGACCCCACAGCUGUGGAGAGAGCCAAUCUGUUAAACAUGGCUAAACUGAGCAUCAAAGGGCUCAUCGAGUCUGCCCUGAGCUUUGGCCGCACCCUGGAUUCCGACUACCCGCCUCUGCAGCAGUUCUUCGUGGUAAUGGAACAUUGUCUGAAACAUGGCCUGAAAGUGAGAAAAUCAUUUUUGAGUUAUAACAAAACUAUUUGGGGCCCUCUGGAACUGGUGGAGAAGCUGUACCCAGAAGCAGAGGAAAUCGGAGCAAGUGUCCGGGAUUUGCCUGGUCUUAAGACUCCCCUGGGCCGAGCUAGAGCGUGGCUCCGAUUAGCCCUCAUGCAGAAAAAAAUGGCCGAUUACCUCCGUUGCUUAAUUAUCCAGAGGGAACUCCUAAGCGAGUUCUAUGAGUACCACGCACUGAUGAUGGAGGAGGAGGGAGCCGUGAUUGUCGGGCUGCUGGUUGGCCUGAACGUGAUUGACGCCAAUCUGUGUGUGAAAGGAGAGGACUUAGAUUCCCAGGUUGGCGUGAUUGAUUUCUCAAUGUAUUUAAAGAACGAAGAAGAGAUCGGAAACAAAGAAAGGAAUGUUCAAAUUGCCGCCAUCUUAGACCAAAAGAAUUAUGUUGAAGAGCUAAACAGACAACUCAACAGCACAGUCAGCAGCCUCCAUUCAAGAGUGGACUCCUUAGAAAAGUCAAACACCAAGCUGAUCGAAGAGUUAGCAAUAGCGAAGAAUAAUAUCAUAAAGCUCCAAGAAGAAAACCAUCAAUUACGGAGUGAAAAUGAGUUGAUCUUAAUGAGAACUCGGCAGCACCUGGAGGUUACCAAAGUGGAUGUAGAAACUGAGCUUCAAACAUACAAGCAUUCCCGGCAAGGUCUUGAUGAGAUGUAUAACGAUGCCAGAAGGCAGCUUCGAGAUGAGUCGCAGCUCCGACAGGAUGUGGAGAAUGAGCUCUCAGUACAAGUUGGCAUGAAGCACGAGAUCGAGCUGGCCAUGAAGUUGUUGGAGAAAGAUAUUCACGAGAAACAAGACACUCUCAUAGGCCUUCGGCAGCAGCUGGAAGAAGUCAAAGCAAUCAACAUUGAGAUGUAUCAAAAGCUGCAGGGCUCUGAAGAUGGCUUGAAAGAAAAGAAUGAAAUAAUUGCCCGACUAGAAGAAAAGACCAAUAAAAUCACUACAGCCAUGAGGCAGCUGGAGCAAAGAUUGCAGCAAGCAGAGAAGGCGCAAAAGGAAGCUGAAGAUGAGGAUGAGAAAUAUGCCCGAGAGUGUCUGAGCAAAUCCGACAGUCUGCAGAAACAGAUCUCGCAGAAGGAGCAGCAGCUGGUGCAGCUGGAAACGGACUUGAAGAUUGAGAAGGAAUGGAGGCAGACUUUGCAAGAAGAUCUUCAAAAGGAAAAAGAUGUCCUAUCUCAUCUUAGACAUGAAACCCAAAAAGUCAUAAGUCUUAAAAAAGAGUUUCUUAACCUCCAGGAUGAGAAUCAGCAGUUGAAAAGAAUUUAUCACGAGCAAGAACAGGCUCUGCAAGAACUUGGCAGCAAACUCUGCGAAUCUAAACUUAAAAUAGACGAUAUAAAAGAAGCCAACAAAGCGUUACAGGGACUGGUCUGGCUAAAAGACAAAGAUGCAACCCACUGUAAGCUUUGUGAGAAGGAAUUUUCUCUCUCCAAAAGAAAGCACCACUGUAGAAACUGUGGGGAAAUUUUCUGUAACGCCUGCUCUGACAACGAGCUGCCUCUGCCUUCUUCACCAAAGCCAGUUCGAGUCUGUGAUUCCUGUCAUGCAAUGCUCAUUCAGAGAUGCUCCUCCAAUGUGCCAUGACACGGACACUCAGUUCUGCACAGAAGCACCCGCAGUGAGUGAGGGCUGUGUGUACAGCAGUGCCCAGUCAGCACUGAACCUCGCCUCCAGCUACCACACAGGUUUCUAAGUUAUAUGGGUUAGUAUUCUGUUCCUGUACUUAAACAGAUUUUAAGAUAGCAUGUUUUAUCACCACUUCAACAAUCAAGUAACCUUUAACAAACAGGUCAGACAGCAGAGCUAAUGCACACUUGCCUUACCUUUAGAGGCCUUCUUGAGAACAAGGCCACACCUUACUUGCUUCCAAACUGUCGAGUUGGCACUUGAGAGUGCCUGUGUAUCUCUUAAUGCACUUUAAAGCGUCACAAUUCUCAGAGAAAAACUGGAAAUGCACUCACUUUAUGUUAUAUGACGUUAACAUUUUUAAAAAUGGUGGCCCAUGCCUUUAAUCCCAGCACUUAGGAUACAGAGGCAGGUGGAUCCGAGUUGAGCAAGGCCAGCCUGGUAGAAAGAGUUUUAAGUUCCAGGACAGACAGACAGACUGACUUUCUCUCCUCGGCUCUGAAGUGCUGGGGUAUAGGUGUGUGCCUCCAUCCCAGGCCUGUGUAUUCUUCACUCUCUGCUAAGAUACUAAUUUAGCUGUAUUUAUUUGCUCGUUCUUCUCUCCAAUGGGAAAGACCAAUGAUUUUAUCCCAUCUUUUUCUUUUCACUUGCCCACAUCUUCCAUACAGUGGAUUAAAGGACCAGUGAUCUGGCCUCUAGCUUUUCCUUCACUUAUAACCAUCAUUCGUAUACUAAAGGAGAAAACAUUCCUUCCCAGGGGACGGGGGACCGAGAGAGACCACAGGCCUUUAAACUUUAAAGACUGAUUCUAAGCAUUAGAAGAGCACUGCUAUAAAAGAAUUAAGUUUCUCCACCCUCGGUUCUCUUAAGAAUAACUUCUAGGAAGCAUUACAUUGGCGUGUUUACGCUUACCCACAACAGAAUUUCACCCUAUAUGUGUAUCAAGUACUUUAGGUAGUAGUUCCUUAUUUUUUCAAGCAGGGAGGAGAAAAAGCAUUUAGGAUCUUUAAUACAUUAAUUUCCAGUCUUGUACUUUUAAGUCUAUAAGCCUUUCAAAACUCUAGUGAUUUUACAUUCCCAAGAACACUGUUCAGUAACUGGCUAUUUUUAUGAUCCCCUUUUCUGCAGGAUCUUUUCAUUUGCUGCAUUUCACUAAGUUUUGAUAAAUUGCCAAAAUUAUAAAAACCAGUAGUAUUUACCAGGCUCUGUGGUCAACUUCAGUUCCUUCUGACAGAUUUCUAGAUGUUUCUUCUUUUAAACCCCAAGUUGGCUUCCAACCUGGUGUGCAGCAGGGGAAGAUCUUGAACUGCCUGACUUCCACACCUCCCAGCUGCCGAGAUUACAGCUGUCUGGUGUUUGUAUGUGGUGCUGGGGAUGGAACCCCUGAAUUUGUGCACAUUGGCCAGGUACUCUACCAAUUGAGUUACUCCCACACCCCCAGAUGUCAUUUGUUGCGUAUGGACAGAAAUGGCCUUGAGACAGAAUUAAGAUAGUAAGGCAUGAAAGGAGGACUAAGACAAGUUUCAAGAGCAGCUUGCUUGGUCCAUCCCUAUGCUAUUUAUAGAUAGUGAAAACCUGGCACAAAACAAAACAAAAAAAAAAAAGAGAGAAUUAUAUUCUUGAACCACUUUGUACUGAUGGAAACAUUUAACAUUUUUCUGACUAUUGAAAGUGAGCGUAAAUGAAAAAUUUCAAAUACUUUAUUAUGGUCUUUUUAUUACCACUCAAAAUUUGUGUCAUAAACAUGGGCCUUUUCUAGAGCAGCAUUAACUCGUUCCCCAACUUUAAAUUCAGGAUAUCCUAUUUAUUACAAAACAUUCACAAUUCUUAUUUUGCAGAAAACUUCUUGUCAUUCCCUUACUUACCUAGCCAGUACUACCACAAAGAUGUGAUCAUGGUGCCAAGGAAUUACAAUUGUGAUUCUGUAAUGUUUUUAAAAUAAAUAUGAAUUUUGUAAAAUGAGGA